GUGGGGUUUUGCGUUGGAGAUGCAGAAAGAAAGGGUAGUUUCAAGGAAGUGACGGACCAAGCUCAGGGGGCCUGGUCAGAGGAAGUUUGUUCGUCCAUGGUACUGGGCUGCCGACUGCCGUACGAAACUUUUCUCUUGUGGAUACUAGCGGCACCGUGGAUUGGUACAGGCGGCAGAUAGAGCGGCGGAGAAGGGCGCUUUUUUCCUUUUGGUACAACCGAGGACGCAGCGAGAAAACGGGAAUCAUACAGGAAUUUCACUAACCACAACCUAAACCCCUUCUUCCUGUCUCUUCCCCGCGCCUUUCUCUGAUUUUGUCUGAGAUCCGCGAUGGGGAAGGAGCAGGAGCUACUCGAAGCGGCUCGCACGGGAAAUCUUGCUGCCGUGGAAAAGCUUUUAUCGGGGAAGAGGCAGUCGGCUGGCGCUAGCGGUGGAUCUUCUGGCACCGGGGGAAGCGGCAACAGCGGCACCUCCUCUCACACGCUCUCUAGUCUGCUUAGUAUCUGGAGAGGCCCCAACGUGAACUGCGUUGACAGCACCGGCUACACUCCCCUGCACCACGCGGCUCUCAAUGGACACAGCGAGGUGGUGGAGGCUCUGCUUAGGAACGAAGCCCUGACCAACAUCGCCGACAAUAAGGGCUGCUACCCGCUGCACCUGGCCGCAUGGAAGGGAGACCAGCAAAUAGUACGGAUGCUAAUACACCAGGGACCCUCACACCCCAAGCUCAAUGAACAGAGCUGUGUAGACCAAAAAGAGUUCAAGCGCUGUGGGCCCUUUGACCCCUAUAUUAAUGCCAAGAACAAUGACAAUGAGACCCCCCUGCACUGUGCUGCUCAGUACGGACACACAGAGGUGGUCCGGCUGCUUUUGGAAGAGCUGACCGAUCCCACUAUGAGGAACAAUAAGUUUGAAACCCCCCUGGACCUGGCGGCUCUGUAUGGCCGUUUGGAGGUGGUCCGACUGCUGCUCAGCGCCCACCCCAACCUGCUCAGCUGUAACACCAAAAAGCACACACCCCUGCACCUGGCUUCUCGCAACGGACACCUGCCUGUGGUGGAGGUGCUGCUUGACGCCGGCAUGGACAUCAACUAUGAGACGGAGAAAGGCAGUGCCCUACAUGAAGCAGCCUUAUUUGGAAAGACUGAUGUUGUACAGAAGCUCCUCACUGCAGGUAUCGAUGUGAACAUGGUGGACCAGAAAGGACUGACUGCACUGGACAUUGUGAAGGACAUGCCCUCACAGAAAAGCAGAGAGAUUGCUGCUCUAAUAAAAGGUCAUGUGUCAGGGAAACCUCCAGACAUAGAUCUCCCCCCUCCACCAAUCCCCCCUCCUCAAGAGAGCCCCAGUCCGAGGAAAACAAGUGACUUGGAGAAGGUGAGUGAGCUGAUCUCUGGGCUAGCCCCUGGACCAGAGGAGGAGUGUCCGUAUGAGGCUCUGUUUGAGGCUACUUCCUGUCACUCUCUGGACAGUCUGACCAGCGGCAAGUCCUCUGACCGGGACUCAGGGCGGCCUGACAGUGAGGCUGGGAAGAAAGAUCGAGUUGGCACUUUGUCUCAUCCUGGGGCUGGUCCAGAGGAGGAGGUCAGCUCUGAGGCCCUGUACACUAACAGCAGUAUAGAUGAGAGAGGAGAGCAAGGUGAAGAAGAUGAGGACCACACUUAUGAAUUAUUACUGACCGCUCAGACCAAAGUCCCGCCUUCAAGUCAAGACUCGCUGCCACAUAAAGAUGUUUCUACGAGUACACUACAGUCUUCCAAUAAUGUCCUACCUCAGCGUAAACCCAAUGUCCCUAACAACAUGAAAGCCCCCUGCAGGAUGAAAGAGAGCCUUCACCCUCCUGCUCGGCUCGCCCCGCAGGUGUCAGGAGGAGACUCAAGCCAAAAUCAGGGAGCAGGAUUCCCAGAACAGUUCACCGGCCUCCUUCACGGAUCAUCUCCUGUCUUCGAUUGCCGAGAGGAGCCAUUCAGAAUCCCCGGUGUGGCGUCGACCAAUCAAAGUCAGUCUCCAAAACCGAACCAGGAAGCAUCUGUAGCAUCUCCUUCUUCAUCGUCAUCGCCAAACCGUCCCAAUAUGGCGGCUAUCCUGACAGACUGUGAUCCCAAAGCUAUAUACGCCACUGUGAACAAGGAACCAAAAGACUCCGGAGCUGCCUGUCGGACGCGCCCUCCCGGAGACCUAAAGCUGGCCAGGAGUCUAUCCAAAUCGGACUCGGAUCUUCUGGUGUCGCCCCCGAAUGAAGAGGAUGGAGGAUUGGCCAACCGCAGCGAGUCUGUGUCUAACUGUAGCACGGGGAAGAAGAGGCUGGAGAAGUCCCCCUCCUUCACAUCAGAAUGGGAUGAGAUUGAGAAGAUCAUGACACUGAUUGGUGCAGGCAUUGAUUUUUCCAGAGAUCAGCAGUACGCCACCCCAGGUGCAGGACGCCUCCUGGAGCAGCCGGUGGGAGACUGGCUGGAGCACGUGGGGCUGCCUCAGUACGAGAGCAAACUACUGCUCAAUGGAUUUGACGACCUGCACUACAUGGGGAGCAAUGUCAUGGAGGACCAGGACUUGAGGGAGAUCGGGAUCACAGACGCAAGCCACCGCAAGAAAAUCCUCCACGCAGCGCGAUCAUUACCAAAGGUGAAGGUGUUUGGUUGUGAUGGCAGCUGCUCCCUCUCGUCAUGGCUGGAAAACCUGGGUCUUCAGGAGUACUUGCCGAACUUCCUGUCGAGUGGAUAUCGCACUUUAGACUGUGUCAAAAACCUGUGGGAACUGGAGAUAGUGAAUGUUUUAAAGAUCACAUUAUUGGGUCAUAGGAAACGUAUCAUUGCUUCUUUAGCAGAACGGCCGUAUGAGGAGCCGCCCGUCAAACCUCCACGUCUCUCUCAGAUCAGGUGCCUUGACCUGCCAGGUUCCCAGUCUUCAUCUCCUCUGAGUCAUUUGGACUCUUACACCGGACACUCCAUGGAUCCUCUGCUGCCACCUGGAGACAGAAAGAAAAGUUUUGAUGCAGACUACGAGGUUCCACAAAGACAUAGGCAAAGACCACAGGAAAGACAAGAAGAGCGGUAUCAUGAACCUCGUCUGACACUCCGACCGCCCAGCCUGGCAGCACCGUACGCCCCUGUACAGAACUGGCAUCAUCAACCUGAGAAACUCAUAUUUGAAUCCUGUGCCUACGAAGCCAGUUACCUGGGUUCCAUGCUUAUCAAAGAUCUGCGGGGUACAGAGUCUACCCAGGAUGCAUGUGCCAAAAUGAGGAGAUCAACUGAGCAGUUAAGAAAAGUGCCAACCAUUGUCCUCUCAAUAACAUACAAGGGAGUCAAAUUUAUUGAUGCAGCCAAUAAGAACAUCAUUGCUGAACAUGAGAUCAGAAACAUCUCAUGUGCAGCUCAGGACCCAGAGGACCUGUGCACGUUUGCCUACAUCACAAAAGACCUACAGACCAACCACCACUACUGCCAUGUGUUUAGCACUGUAGAUGUGAACCUGACCUAUGAGAUUAUUCUGACGCUGGGCCAGGCGUUUGAAGUGGCCUAUCAGCUCGCUCUGCAGGCACAACGGACCAAACAGCACCAAAACAUCCCUCUGGCCUCCACCGCCGAGAUCGUAGAAACCAAGUCCACCCGACCUGUGCCAAAGCCAAGAGGCAGUGUACGCAGAUCUGCAGGAGAACAACUGGACCAGGAGGGAGAUUCACAGUCCCAAAGCAGCUCCACGUGGCUGGUCGACCCCAAGGAAUCCAAACGCACCAUUAGCACUAACUGAGCACUGGCCGCUCCCACACACACUGAGCCUGGUGCAAUGGAUGUAGGGCAUUUGUGGAACAGUAACCCACUUCUGCAGAGGAGCUUUUCAGCGCUGGGACAUACAAGAGGAGCCGCAUCAAUCUACAUGAACUCGUUCAAUGGACAACAGUCAAAAUAAUAUAUUCAGUGUAUUCGUUCUAACAAACUCAUUUGAUUUGAGGAUGUACAAACAGGUUUGAAAUGCAAAACCUGAGAAAGAGGAAGUGGCAAUUAACAGAGGUGUCUGUGUUGUGUCAGUACAAACAAUAUAGCAGAGAAAAGGUGAACACUGCGGUACAUGGUCCAAACUCUCCUGCGUCUGUUGCAUAUUCUCUGAGCAGAACCAUGUUGUUUGGUGUAAGGCAUCAUGUAACUGUGAUCUCUUAUGUACGAUUGCACAAACUCUGAGGACAAUGGGCAGAGGAACUGACACUAAAGACUGUUUUUAUCUGAGACAGGGUGGCUUUUAUUUGAUUUACAAUAGUUUUGUACAUUUUAAUUGUUUAUACGACAAUAGCCUGUCCCAAAGCAGAAACUGGAUCAGGCGUGGUACACUGCAGUUCUUCCCUCCCCUGCUCCUUUAGAUUUUCUAAACAAAGUUAAUCACUAAACCUGCCAUGCAGGCUGGUACUACAAUAGGCUACGAUGUCUCAGUUUGUUGACUGUUAAAGGUACUUCUGAUCAGCUGAUGUUUAUGGUACAAAUACUGUCAUGGUACAUAGGCCAGUAUAACAGAAGGCUCACACUGGCACCAUCAGCCUGGUCGCAUUUAGCUUUUGCACAUUGCUAAAAAGCUGGAGAGAUUUGGGACUAGUGUGAUGAUCUCAGUGAUCAGAUGAAUAUUGUAAAUGAUUAGAGUGCUCUGUAUUUUGAUACUUGAAUGAUUUUUAUUUUAUAGAUAUCUAUAUGUAUAUGUAUGUAUGUAAUUUUUGACAUUUGUCAAAAAAGACAAAAGGAUUAUGUCAUAACAGAGUUAAACAUAUCUUGAAUAAAUACCCUGUGAUUAAAUAAGGCUGAGGGGCGCGACUCAGCGGAGGGACCUCACAUAAAGAGAUUGUACAUAUCUUGGGCUUCCAGUCUUUUUUAUGAUUAUUUUCAUAAUUGUACAUUGAUUAAAUGGCUCAAGUAAUUUG